GGGCUGCGGGGCGGCCAGCCGAGCGGCGCCCGCGGGCCGGUGAGCCGCGCGUAGCCGGCGUCCGUCUGUGCUGGGGGCGCCUCCCGCGGGGAGUCUCGCAGCGGCCGAGCUCCCGCGUGGUCCGCAGCGACUGGGGCCCCGGGACGUGCGGGGCCGCGGGGCCGAGCCGAGGCGCCCCCCAGCGGCCGGCGCGGGCCCCAUGGCUGGGCCGGGCGGAGCGGAACCGGCGAGGUGAGGCCCCCGGGCCGGAGGCCGGAGCGCGUGGCGGGGGCGCCGGCUCCAUGGGCAGCAGCGCACAGCGGCACGAUGAUGGACGUUAACAGCAGCGGCCGCCCGGACCUCUACGGGCACCUCCGCUCUUUGCUCCUGCCGGAGGUGGGGCGCGGGCUGCCGGACCUGAGCCCCGACGGCGCCGGCCCGGUCUCGGGCUCCUGGGCGCCGCACCUGCUGCGCGGGGUCCCAGAGGUGACGGCCAGCCCGGUGCCCACCUGGGACGUGCCGCCGGACAAUGCCUCCGGAUGCGGGGAGCAGAUCAACUAUGGCAGAGCCGAGAAAGUUGUGAUCGGCUCCAUCCUGACGCUCAUCACGCUGCUGACGAUCGCAGGCAACUGCCUAGUGGUGAUCUCGGUGUGCUUCGUCAAGAAGCUCCGCCAGCCCUCCAACUACCUGAUCGUGUCCCUGGCGCUGGCCGACCUCUCGGUGGCCGUGGCGGUCAUGCCCUUCGUCAGCGUCACCGACCUCAUCGGGGGCAAGUGGAUCUUUGGCCACUUCUUCUGCAACGUCUUCAUCGCCAUGGACGUCAUGUGCUGCACGGCCUCGAUCAUGACCCUAUGCGUGAUCAGCAUCGACAGGUACCUCGGGAUCACGCGGCCGCUCACGUACCCCGUGAGGCAGAACGGCAAGUGCAUGGCGAAAAUGAUUCUGUCUGUCUGGCUGCUUUCGGCCUCCAUCACCUUACCCCCACUCUUCGGAUGGGCUCAGAAUGUGAACGACGACAAGGUGUGCCUGAUCAGCCAGGACUUUGGCUACACCAUCUACUCCACGGCGGUGGCGUUUUACAUCCCCAUGUCCGUCAUGCUGUUCAUGUACUACCAGAUCUACAAGGCCGCGCGGAAGAGCGCCGCCAAGCACAAGUUCCCUGGCUUCCCUCGGCCCGAGGAGCCGGACAGCAGCAUCUCCCUGAACGGCAUGGUGAAGCUCCAGAAGGAGGUGGAGGAGUGUGCCAACCUUUCGAGACUCCUCAAACACGAGAGGAAAAAUAUCUCCAUCUUCAAGCGGGAGCAGAAAGCGGCCACCACCUUGGGCAUCAUCGUGGGGGCCUUCACCGUGUGCUGGCUGCCGUUCUUCCUCCUCUCCACCGCCAGACCCUUCAUCUGCGGCACGGCCUGCAGCUGCAUCCCGCUGUGGGUGGAGAGGACCUUUCUGUGGCUGGGCUACGCCAACUCUCUCAUUAACCCUUUUAUAUAUGCCUUCUUCAACCGGGACCUGAGGACCACCUACCGCAGCCUGCUCCAGUGCCAGUACCGGAACAUCAACCGCAAGCUGUCGGCUGCAGGCAUGCACGAGGCCCUGAAGCUCGCCGAGAGGCCCGAGAGACCUGAGUUUGUGCUGUAAGACAAAAUUCUGACUACUGUAGGAAAAAAAGUCAUGAUUCAUGAUCAAAAGUGGAAUAAUGAAAACGAAAUCAACAAGGCAAGACAGAGGUGGAAACAGAACUCAACCAUUUGCUGAGGCCACGAAUGGAGUGCGGCUUGUCCUUUCCUGGGGUGGCUGAGACGUGACAAGCAGGGUGAUCUGUUGUACAAAGCAUGUUGUGAGAGAGAUGGUGACCUCUUGUCUUUUUCUGUGGAUCAGUGCUGUUGUGUGCCAAAGAGAAUAGUUUUCCGUUUAAGACAGCCAGAUCAGCUCAGCGGUAAGCACACAAACAGAACUGAGUCCCAGAAAAGAAACCGUUUCUGGUGCUUUGCGUGCGUCCAAGCCCCUACAAAUGGAAGAAAGUUCCAAUGCGCACUUCCCAUGCUUCCAAGUCUAGGCAUUGUGGUGAAUAUUCAGGAAUCGUUCAUGAGACAGAAUGUAUUUUGUGGCAGGACAGAAGGGUGUGUUUUUCCAAGCAAACUGUGGUAAGCGUAGCGUUGAAUGUGUUGCAUGUCCAUGUUAGAAAACAGAAUCCCGUCAUCAGCUAAUACAAAUGAUGUCCCAGAGCAGUGUCUGGUUCAAGCUUCUGUCAAAUAGUUUCGCUUUUUUGCAGGGUCCCUGUGACUUCCUCACCGAUGUACUUUUCUUUGUGAACUCUUGUAUUGUUAUGGUAUCACUCAGGAACAGAUCUCAGGAUGGAGAGAAUCAUCAAACCUGAAUAAAGCUUUUUCUUGUACUCACACUUCUUUUGAAGGGUUCUGAGAGGCGAGGAGGGGUUCCUUUGGUAGGCUUUGUACCUACCUGGAUGAAGAGCAGGGGCCGCCGAACUGUGCUGUCUACCAGCAUGGCUGUGGGCAUGAAACUUUGGGCGUAGAUAUCAGGUUGACACAACUGCGGUGGGCUCCUAAGCUGGGCAAUAACCAUGUGUUUUGGGGAGGAAGUGUGGGAAUAAGAAAGGUUUCCAUGGAAGGUUAUGAUGCUUUCAGACAUGGAGCAUCCACAUUGUUAAUUCUUGGGCAGCGUUGUAUUAAAGGGAACCGUGUGACUUGGAGGUUGCCUGGGCUGCUACUGGGAAACACUCAGAACACUAUUCUCUUCCUUUAGGAAGAAUUGUUUUCGUGUUCUCUGUAACCUAAAUCAAAUGUGUGCCUGGCCAGUUCUGUUCUUCUUCCCUCUCCCUCCCCAAAGUGGUAUGACAUUAAGGCAGGUAAGGAACCAGAAAAGGCCCUAUGCAGAUAUUUUUUUUUUUAAAAUGUACAAGUAAUAUGUAAUAAGACAGGAACAUGGUGGAUCGGAAGAUUACCUCCAAGGGGAGAAAGUGAACGCAAAGCUUCGUUGAUAAAAGAGAACUGACAGAGAAAACUAUUUCCUACAAGAAAGGUAGCUGUUCUCUUCCGAAGACUAUGGAAUUCCAAUGUGGAUUUUGGAUAUCUUCUGCUUCACUGAACAUUGCAUCUCACCAGACACAAGGAAGGGUCUGGAGGGGAGGUGGGCGCUGUCCUCUCAGACAAAGCUUGUACAGAUUCCUGAACCAUGGAUUUGCUAAAGUGACUGUAUAUACUUAUACUCAUAAUUUAAAUGAUUAAUUCUGGUCGGAUAAAUGUUGUUAAAUUUAAAAUGUUUUACUACUUACAUCAAAUAAGUUAUUGUAGCUGUAAUAAAGCAAAUUAAGUAACGA